CUUUUGAGUCUGUGAAAGCUUCAGUUUAAGAUUUUAGUUUGGAUUAAUUAAAAAAUGGAGGAUUCAAGCUACUUCAUAUCUAGACACGUUGGUUGCUUUUGUAUUUAAUAAAAAUAGCUUUCCCAGUUAGAAAAUAGGUGCAGGGAGGGGGCAGGUGGCUUUCCUCAAUACUAUAGGAAUAAUUUUCUAGAGAAGCCCCUCAAUAGGAAUAGUGAUGACAAGAAGUUUAACUGAUUUCAAGAGGCGGCUACUCCUUACAUUUUAUUAAACUGGGGACGCCCAUAGUGGAGGGCUGGCUUCUAUAAUCUAUAAAGUCAUUUUUCCUAGGUUAAAAAUAUUUCACCCUCUACAAAGGUAAAUAUAAAAACCUACAGAAACCACUGAUUUCAGCAGGAUUUGGAUGAGUCACCAGAAGAUACCUGACUGAAUACUACUAUGUCACUUACUUUUUUCUCUCAUCUAACUCCCUCCGUAUAUUCAAGAUCACCUUCCUUGAUGCUUGAGUCAUUUAUCCACUGCACCGUGAACAUGUAUUUAAUUAGAAACAAAAGCCCACCAUUUCUUUUAUUCUUAUUAAAUGAAGUAUAGAGGCUAUUCUUCAACACAGAUAAUGAAUUAUCCCAUUUUGGAUACACAUCAGCUCUAUCUGAGCUUUUCACUUGCUUUCUUCUAUUAUACUAUGACAGACACCAUAGCACUUAUGUUACAGAAAGUUUUUUGUUUGCAAACUUCCAUAACUUCAACUUGCUUUGUUCUAUUCACUCAGGAGCAAUGGAAGAGUAACUGAAGGUUUUCAUCCUCUCUUUCCCACAAGGGAAAGUCUGGCCUCACCCUUGAUGUCUGGACAACAACAGUUUAGGAGAUUUUAGACUGACUACUGAUGAGCAACUUGCCAUGGGUGCCACCCAGAACAUGAGAGUCCAUUCUCAAGUGGGAAAGCAGGAAGAAAAUCUGAAAUUACUCUCUUUUUUUAUUUCUAGCCGAAUGCCCAGAGAUGAGCGCAGAAGGAAACAAGCCAAGUGAAAUCCUGGACUUCCUGAAGGAAGUGAGGAUUUUGGCAGGUACAACACUUUGGAAAGGAUUUCAUACACCAUCAUUUGGAAAUUCAUAUUUGAACACCCAGGCAAGCUACUGCUGCAAGGUCUUAACCAUCUUUGCUCUUACCAAAAAUAAAAUUGCACCUUUUUAAAAUAAUAAAAAAUGCUAAAUACUACCCCCUUUUUAAUGUUGUUUCAUUAUUGCUUUUUUUUGCUCGCAGACAACAUUUUUCUUUUAAUCUAUUUUGGAAAUGUAUUUUUCUUACUGUGACUCUGCUUUCACUGAAUGGCAUCUUUCUGUGUACAUACUCAGCAUAUAUAUACACACUGUCUUGGACAAGACUGUUUCCUUUAGUGCUUUCUAAAAACUCAUAGAUCUUGUGCAGAAUAUGCUUUCAGUCCAAAAUACUGUUAUAGAAUGGAAUUCCCUUGCUUUUUUCCCCCCAUUUCUUUCAUUUCCCUUUUCUAACUAUCCUUCUAUAUCUUUGGACAUUUUUAUGAGCACAGAAUUCUCAGUGACUUUAACAGGAGUCUGGCAUGAAUAGGGGUAAAAAGAUAAGAGCCAAAACAGCUUUCUAACCUUUUUCUACCUUUUAUUGUAGCUUGUAGGUAUUGGAUAUUCAUUGGAUGUUGUUAUGUGAGCUUUUAAGAUUACUAGCCAUUAGCUGUCACUUCAGAUAUUUCAUAGUGUUUCUUUUCCUCUCAGAAAUCUAAUUUUUCCUGUCUGUUGAGCUUCCUGUCCUGCUAUUUGUAUAGGUUUGCUUAACUAUUUAUCUUUUUCUUGCAAUUAGUGGGUUUAGGAAAAAAAUAAUCUGUUUUCCAAUAAUAAUAAUUCCAAUAAUAUUCAUUGUCAAAUGAGAUCUGCAGUAAUUCUCUCUCUUUCACUUUAUACAAACACAUAUGCGCGCGCACACACACACACAUAUAUAUGUAAAAACAGCUUCUUUGGCAAAGCAGCAGCAGGACCUAUGGCAAUCAGUAAGAGUAGUUCCACCCAGUGUCUAAUGAAAAGGUAGAAAAAAACCCACAACCCAGACCUAAACAGAUGUUUGUCUUAAUGUCUUAGCAAUUCUGAGCUGUCCGUGCUAAUUUCUUUGUGAUAUGGAGGAAUAUAACAAUUCAAUUCACAUCAAUAAUUUAUUUUAUUUCUGAAAUUUAAUACACUCAUUUUUAAAAGUAAAUUUAAAAAGAUUUUAAAAAGAGAGAUGUUAAAUCGCAUCUUUCUAUUUCAGUUCAUUUAUCACUGUCAUAGAGAGGAAGGUUUACCUCUCUCACUAUGAAGAAGCAAAUUGUUACCAAUUCCUAUUUUAGACCUUGAAACUGUGAUAAGAUAUCCCAAUUGUACAACGGAACCUAAAUAAACUCUCUGAUUACUUUCAGAACAUGCUGUAUGACUAGUCUGACUUCUUGUGGUAAACAUGGGAAUAUUCAUUUGUUUAUUGGCAUAAUGAAACUAUCAAGCAAGUAGAUGAAAUAUCCAAAAGACAGCAACAGCAGCGUCCUUGCCGAGUUCUACAAAUAAAUAGGCUAUCAGCAGUAGAUAUAUUAAAAUUGGGAUUGGUGACUGAUAUAUGUAUGAAACAAAUGCAAUCAUUUCCCCAUACAGAACACAACAAUCACAUAUUUUAGGUUACCAAGAUUUUUAAAAGAUCGAUAAUCUUGCAUGAUCAGAGUAGAUGAAAUGUUGACUUCUAAAUAAAACAUGCAGAUUUACAAAUUUCUUAAGAAUCUUUCAGGGUAAACUAGAUCCUGAGAUCUUUAUCUUCUGUUAAAGAGGACACUUAAAAUUAUUUUAAAGCAAAUAUUAAAGACAUGGCAUGAACAGAGAAGGAAGGAUGAAAGCUAAGCAUAUCUAAAUCUUUAACCAUUUCACAAAACAUAUAUUCUGACAGUACAUUUGUGCAGGACUCUACACAGUGAAAAGAACAUAGGUUCCCUUAGAUUUUCAUUUUAUAAGAUCCAUGCCAUUCAGAUGUGUUUGAAAACACAGGCAAAAUAGGACCACUGAGAAACAAUUAUGACACCAUGUUUUUCCAAACAAACGUUGGAAGAACUGAAGCUCUGUUAAACAGCAUGUUCAUUCUUAAAACUAAAAGCUUCCCUUUUUGGUCUCAGGUGCUCAAGAGAACUGAUUGCAACAGAGAGUGUUAGAGAAAAUAUAUCAUGCUGGACACAACAGCUUGAGAGGUGAGGCUGCUGCCACUCCAUGUCCCUAGGUCCAAACAGUAGCAAGGCUGAAAAUGCAUUCCCAGCAGGGACACGCACAGAGCACACAUAUGCACCACAUAUAUACAUACAUACACAGCUGGCCACACAGAUCACUGACAGACGCUCAGAGCACUCGCAUGAACAGAGACAGCACCAACAGCCUCAUUCUACUCAUAGCUGGCCCCUGGAUCCCAGUCUCCCCAGCUGCCGGCAUCUGGAUAUAUGAGCCCCCGAGGCCACAGCCUUGCUCCAAUUGCUGGUACAGACCAUUGUGUGUGCACGCAUGUGCACACACACACACAUACACAAAGCUGGCCAGGACUUCCCAGGUCCCAAUAGCCGACCCUUCCCAAUGCUCUUACCCUUAGAGAUACACAGGCUCUCUCACACCCAGACCUGGACCUUAGAGACUCACUCACCCACUUGCUCCCAGUCCACCUACUCCCCAACUAAUCCGGCUUGAUCUUCACUAGUGAUCACACUCACUCACACAGCUGCACUUGCUCCAGUUGCUGGCACCACAGAUACACGGGCCUUCCGACUCAUGGUCUGACUCCAGUUGCUGCACCCACACCCCCAUACACCACCCACACCCCACCCAGAAUAGCGAGCCCUCAGCCAGAAAAGAGUUAGAAAGGCAUUUAAUAAGAAGAUAGGACAGACUGUGCUGAUCAGGCACAGGGCAUAGCCAGACAAGUGUACUGACCAGCAAACUAUUUACACACAACUGGCCCUUUUUAUCCCCUUACCCCUCUAUUUGUCCACACUUGUUCCUCCCCAAAAUCACCUAAACCACUCCCUUGUCCUGCCUUUGGUUCCUCCCCUAAACAUCCCAUAGUAAGUCCUGUGCAAUCCCAUCCCAAACUGCUUUUCCCCUGCAUCUCAUAAAAAGUCCCACCCCUAGGCAGCAACCUCCCUGAGUCUUGAAAAGGUGAUCUGGGGAGCUGCUCCCGAUGACUCAUCUCGUCAUGAUGGGUUUCAUGCCUGGACAAUGGGUCUGAUGGCUCUGCUGGGACAGCCCUGGGAUGGCCCGGAGAAGGUGUUCAUUGCUCAGGAGUCCUUGAUUUGGGUUCCUGUUCAGUAUUUUGUGCCCCUGUGCUCCUCUGGACUUGUGCAGAUGGGCCUUUGAUUGACUGAUGGCCCCUGUGAUGGGACUGGGAGUAGCCCGGCAGGGUAUUAUUUGGGCUCCCCCUCUUGCCAUUGCCUCUCUGAGCUCCUUUGUGAGUGUGCAGAUGAGCUUUGAUCGCAUAACUUAACAGAGAGCAUCCAAAUACAAUUUAAUAUAAUUUUUAAAUCAUGAUGCUGUAUGUCAUAUAUACUCAUAUUUCUGGGUGCUUUUUCUAAAAUAAUCUAUGCUGUAUAAACAUACUCAAGAGAUUUAAAUAUUUUGGUCACUCAGAAUAAUCUACCUAUAUUUUAGAACCAUGAUGGUUACUACAUUAGUGAGGGUUGUUUGACUGCAUAUGCGCAAUAUGCACUUGCUUUAAAAGGUACACUUUGGUUAAAAAUUAAGUAAAUUAAAUUUUAUAGCAGAGCAUAUUAAAAAACCCCUUAGCUAUUCACAUUACCUCAUCUAAAUUACUUGAAAUGCAAACCAUUCACGUAUGCAGAGUUUCAAAGGAAACUGAACUAAAUGCUGUGCAAGUUCUAGAAAUUAUACAGAUGUAGGCUUUUAUCCUAGAAAGGCUUAAUGGUUUUUUGUUUCUUUAAUAUCUGGGAGAAGUUAAAGUUGUAAAGACACCUUCCAUGCUAUUAAAGUGCAAUACUACAGCUGAAUUUUCAAUCUGCAUAGACAGUGCCUCCUGACUGAAAAAAAGAAACUUCUCUUAUAAACUCAGAUAGUUAACAAGAAUGACAUAUCUAUAAAGUAAAUAACUUUUUUCACAACUCUUUCCUUAAAGAAUCUUUCCUUAAAUAAAUGCAGAAAAAAGACUAUCUGGUUCAGACAUUGCUCUGUCUAAGGGAGUUGCCAUAAUGAAAUAUUCAGUGAGAAUUUGGGAGAGAAAGGAAGGUGAAGAGGCAAAAUGGUAGCAGGUAACAAACUUAAAGAUUGCUGUGGAAGAGUUUCAGGAAAAUGGAUCCAGACAAAAACUCAAUUACUUAAUGAAAACAAUCCUGUUUCACUGUUAAAGCUGAUAUAAUGCUGUAAUUGCUGCAUGAACCUUUGUCCUAGCGUAUAAAGAAACUAGCUUUUAGUUGCAGGGUCGGCUGUAUCCUUGGGGCCAGCUAUUGUUUAGGCUUUGUAGUUCUUGUAUGUAGAUACUAACCAUCUAAGGAAGUGUUUACCUUAGUCAAGGAAUGUGUGAAGUGAUAAGAGAGGGUCUGCAGCAGAAAAACCAGGCCGAGCUGGUUCUGCGGUUUGUGAAGAAGUGCCAAGUAAGGGAUAUGUGCAAGAACUUAGAGGAUCCUGGGGCAAACAACGGGAUGAAGAGGGGUGAAGAGGAAGUAACGACCACCAGACCGUCAAGCCGACCACCUAGAGGCAUAACUGCGCAGGUGUAAAAGGACAUUAUAAUAUUAAUGAAGGUCCCAGGAAGACUCAUACAUAUGCAGAUAAUUCCUGGAAAUGUAAUGAAUACGUAUAGCUAUGUGACAUAAAAUGGGACCUGCAAAAUAGUUCGGGAUGCACGUUAGGCGGAGCGAUCCCCCGUGCAUCCGGUGCCGCAAUAAAUAAUGCCUGCUUCUUAAUACUACAUUGGUGUUAAGGAGUUUUAUUCCCGAUUUUCGGUGACAAAGCUUCUGGUGACCCAUUGGAAUAAGUCCCUAACCUAUAAAUCACCUUGUAUUGCAUCCUCAGGUGGUAAUCUAAAACCCUACGAAACUUCCAGUGAAUGUUUCUUCCUUUUUUAGUUCAGAAAAAGAGUGGCCAAAAGAAACUCUCCCCUUUAUUAUAGGUCUGAAAAUAUCAGAAAUAGCUAUAUGUAAUGAAAUGACAAAGGAUGGCCUUCGAGCGGUUAGCUCUUGCUAACCUGCGGGCCCUGGAAGGCAGUGGGCCCUGGGCCCUGGGCUCUCCCGAGUUUUGACCUCUCUGAUGGCUUGUGGGCACGGCCUGAGGCCGCAGCCCAGCCCAGUUCCGAUCUGUGCUGGGCGUCGGCCGCGGCAGGCCCCGGGAGCCGCCUCCUCCCCGGGGCCGCGGCGAAGGACUCGGAGCGGGGGCGCUGCUGUUUUGCACGUCUGCGGGAAGCGGCGGGGCGUCGCUGGACAGCCCCGGAGCGCAGCGCAGCGUCCAUGUUCUGGAGACGGCGCAGAUGUGUGCCCAGCGUCGGGGCCGGGAAGACCCGUCGUAGCGGCCCCUUCCUCGCAGAGGGCGAUCCCGGAAGCGAGUUCAGCGAGCGUUCUCCCCGCCCACCUUGGACCCACCCGGGUCUCUGAGGCGUGGGUCACCCCGGCGGCGGGGCGGGGGGCGAGGGUAACCCUUACCUGCGGGAGCGGUGAGAGACGGGAUCCCCGCGCGGGAGGGGGCAGGGCGGAUGGGGGAUCUCUCCGCCGCCUCACGCCGCAGCCGGUCUCCCCCGACGAGAUGCUCCUUGUUUUGGUCCGCCCGACCAAUCGGACUCAGCGGCUGGAUUCUACGGAAGCCGGGAUGGGCCCUUCGUGGCGGCAGCAGGACUCUUCCCUGCCGACCGUAACGCAUUGCGCAGGGUGCACCACCACCACCACCACCUGGUCCUCCUGCGGCUUUAACGUCUCUGACAUGCAAACACCAUUGCAGUUUCAGACGGGCUUCUGCUCCGAGCAGCAGCAGCAACACGGCCAAGACAAGCAGAGUCUUCUCCAGCAGCAGCAGCAGCAGCAGCAGCAGAACCAGCAGAACCCAUGCCUCCAGUGCAACAACUGCUCCUACUAUGGAGCCGCUGCGGUAGCAGCGGGGGAUAACCUGCCCUCGCUGCUCCGCACUUCUUCGCCCCUCUCGGGCGCCUUCAGGACUCGGUUCUCGCCGCUCUCCAUCUCCGCCUCCUCCCGGCAGAGUAGCCAGUUGAAUAUCAGCGAGCUCACCCCCUCUAGCCAUGCCGGCUCGUCCAGAGAGCCCCACCAGUACCCCCAGUACCAUCAGUGUCAUAGCCUGCAGCAGCAACAAGCAGCCAAUCCCAGCAGCAGUGUCAGCAGCGGCAGCACCCACCAUCACCGCUACCAGCAGCGUCGGGAGAGCAAUCCCUUCGCCGAAAUAGCCAUGAGCAGCUGCAGGUACAACGGCGGCAUCAUGCGGCCGCUCAGCAACCUGAGCUCGUCCCGCAGGAACCUGCACGAGCCUGACUCCGAGUCUCAGCCGCUCCAGCCGCCGCUCGCCAGCCCCAUAGCCGCUGCCCCGGAGAUCGUGGUCUCCAAACCCAAACACAACUCCAAUAACCUGGCGCUCUACGGCUCCGGCGGCACGAACAACGGCGGGGGCAAGUCCAGCAAGAAGAACCAGAACAUCGGCUACAAGCUGGGGCACCGCCGGGCGCUCUUCGAGAAGCGCAAGCGCCUCAGCGACUACGCGCUCAUCUUCGGCAUGUUCGGCAUCGUAGUCAUGGUGAUCGAGACAGAGCUGUCCUGGGGCGCCUACACGACGGAGUCUCUGUAUUCCCUCGCUCUAAAAUGCCUUAUUAGCCUCUCCACGAUUAUCCUGCUUGGGCUCAUUAUUGUAUACCAUGCAAGGGAAAUUCAGUUAUUCAUGGUGGACAAUGGAGCAGAUGACUGGAGAAUAGCCAUGACUUAUGAGCGUAUUUUCUUUAUCUGCUUGGAAAUACUUGUAUGUGCUAUACAUCCCAUACCUGGGAACUAUACAUUCACAUGGACAGCCCGGCUUGCCUUUUCUUACGCUCCAUCCACAACAACAGCUGAUGUGGAUAUCAUUUUAUCUAUACCAAUGUUCUUAAGGCUGUAUCUUAUCGCCAGAGUUAUGCUUUUGCAUAGCAAGCUUUUCACUGAUGCAUCAUCUAGAAGCAUUGGAGCGUUAAAUAAGAUAAACUUCAAUACUCGUUUUGUUAUGAAGACUUUAAUGACAAUAUGUCCAGGAACUGUACUGUUGGUUUUUAGUAUCUCAUUAUGGAUAAUUGCUGCGUGGACUGUCCGAGCUUGUGAAAGGUAAGGUUCUUCUGUUUGGUUGGUUAGUUGUGUCUGCCUGUCUUGUUUUGCUUCUUUGGUUUUGUAUUCGAAGGACCUAAAUAUUUAAUGGAAUGGAGAUUCCUGGUCUUUGAUAUGUUGAGUGCUGGUUGGAUUUCACUCUGUCACAGAUUGUCAGGAAUGCUUUGCCUUUUAAUCUGAUGGAUCUAUGUAGAGAAGUUUGUGCCACAACACUUAUUGUAGUACUGCAAGUUAAUUUCAUCGUUUUCAUUUAACUUUUCUAAAACACAGUGGAAUACCAUAAAAUGUCUCUUAACAACAGUUACAGUUGUUGAUACUCUGUGUUGAUAACAGCUUUCAUUUAUUGUGUUUGUGAGUUAAAUUUAUUGAGAGUAAUGUAGAUAAAAUAGCUAUGGAAAAUUCCAAUGGAAAAUGUAUUUUUUCAGUUAGACUUUUAUUGUCCUGUUUCUUAAAAAAAAAUGUUGUUGGGGAGUUGGCAAGAUCAGGAAAGGGUGAUGUACUGGUUUUGACUGGGACAGUUAAUUUUCUUCAUAGUAACUCCUAUGGUGCUAUGUUUUGGAUUUGUGACUAAAAUAGUGUUGAUAGCACACCAAUGUUUUAGCUAUUGCUGAACAGUGCUUACACAGCGUCAAAACCUUCUCUGUUUCUCACUCUGCCCACCCCCAGCAAGUAGGCUGGGGGUGCACAAGAGAUUGGGAAGGGACACAGCUGGGACAGCUGACCCCAACUGACCAAAGGGAUAUUCCCUACCAUAUACCAUCAUGCUCAUCAAUGAAAGCUAGGGGAAAGAAGGAGGAAAGGGGGAAGUUUGGAGAGAUGGCAUUUGUCUUCCCAAGUAACCGUUACACAUGAUGAAGCCCUGCUUUCCUGGAAAAGUAAGAUGGGCAGUAGCGAAUUAAUUUCUUAUUUUGCUUGUGCAUACAGCUUUUGCUUUCCCUAUUAAACUGUCUUUAUCUCAACCCAUGUGUUUUCUCACUUUUACCCUUCCGAUCCUCUCCCCCCCUCCCGCUGGGGGGCACUGAGUGAGCGGCUGUGUGGGGCUUAGCUGCCUACCAGGGUAAACCCACAACAGAGGCAAAGAGGAAUGGGGGGAGGGAGGGAGAUAUAUAUAUAUAAAAAAAAAAAACAGGGGGAAGGAGAGAAACAGAGGGUGAUAAAGAGAUGGAGAUAAAAGAGAGAGAAAGUGAGUGAGCGAGCAAGCAACAGACAGACAAGGGAGGAGAAAGGAAAAUUUAGAAAGAGGCAGAGAAAGAAAGAGAAGGGGGAAGAAAGAGAAAAAAGAGGGAAAGGAAAAGAUAAACGGGGAGAGAGGGAGGUAGAGUGUAAGAGAGAGAAAAAGAGGAACAGGAAAGAAUGCUACUAAAAGAAAGAUAAAGAGAGUUAAAGAGGGAGAAGGAAAGAGGAACAGGAAAGAAUGCUACUAAAAGAAAGAUAAAGAGAGUUAAAGAGGGAGAAGGAAAGAGGGAGAGUAAGAUAGGAAGAAGGAGAGAGAAAAAGGGAUGGAGAAAUAGUGAGAUAAAGAGAGGGGAGGGAAGAGGGAGAGCAGACAGACAAACCAAGAGAGACAGCAAAAGCAAGUGAGAGAAAGAGAAAGCAUGAGAAAGCACACGAGACAAAGCAAGUUGAAGAGAGAAAAAGUGGGGGGGAGAUAAAUACUGAGCAAGUGAGGGGCGAAAGCAAGAGCGGAAAAGAGAACGUGAUGGAGAGGAAGAGAGCAAGAAAGAAAGCAAGAAAUGAAGAGGCAGUGAAAUAGAGGGAGGGAGAAAGCAAAAGUGAGAAUGUGAGUGAAUGAAAAGGCGGGAUAGAGGGAAAAGCUAGAGAGAGAAAGGCUAGUGAAAGAUAUAGAAAGUGAGAAACAGGCAUGUUUUUCUUCCUUUCCCUGUUUGCCUACUUUGGAAACCGUUUAUGGGAGUUAUUUGUGAUGGCUAGCUGAUAUAAAUCAUCAGUUAAAAUGCAAGCUGUUAUGGUCUGGUUACUUUUGGAAGUUAUUCAUUGCAUUACUUCUCAAUCUGUUAUGGAGAAAACCAGUUUAUCUUAUAAACUGAAUGUAGAUAUUAUCUUGACAUUGCUGCUUUUAUUUUUAAUAUUGCCAGAAUUUUGGAAUGCAGUUUGUUACAGUAGCAUCGAUGUUGUUCAAUUAUGUUAUGGCAAGACUAAUCAUGUUCUGAAAACAUUAACAGUGACAUAUUAUAGUUUCAAAAUAUUUCCCAUAUCUGGGACAGAAGGAGCAUUCUAGGGGUGGGUUGACCUUGGCUGGCUGCCAGGUGCCCACUCAGCCACUCUCUCCCUACUCCUCCUCAGCAGGACAGAGGGGAGAAAAUACAAUGAAAACCCUUGUGAGUCAAGACAAGGACAGGGAGAUCACUCAGCAAUUGCUGUCAUGGGCAAAACAGACUUGACCUGGGGAAGAUUAAAUUAAUUUAUUGCCAAUUAAAAAUACAGUAGGGCAGUGAGAAACAAAGACAAAACUAAAACCACCUUCCCCACCCAACCCCCUUCUUCCCAGGCUCAACUUCAUUUCUGACUCUUCUACCUCCUCCCCCACUGAGCAGCACAGGGAGGUUGGGGAACAGGGGAUGCAGUCAAUUUAUAAUGUUUUGCCUCUGCCACUCCUUCCUCCUCGUGCCGUUGUUCAGCUCCAGUGUGGGGUCCCUCCCACAAGAUACAGUCCUUCAUGAACUGCUCCACUGUGGGUCCUUCCCACGGAUUGCAUUUCUUCAAGAGCUGCUCCAACAUGGGUCCUUUCUAUGGGGCGCAGUCCUUCAGAAACAGACUGCUCCAGCGUGGGUUCCCCACAGGGUCACAGGUCCUGCCAGAAAACCUGCUCUGGUGUGGGCUCCUCUGCUCCGGUGUGGGGCCCUCCAUGGGCUGCAGGGGGGACAGCCUGCUUCACCAUGGUCAUCUUUGCAGUCUACAGGGGAAUCUCUGCUCUGGCACCUGGAGCACCUCCUUCCCCUCCUUCUUCACUAACCUUGGUGUCUGCAUAGUUGUUUCUCUCAUAUUUUCUCUCUCCUCUCUCAAGCUGCUGCGCAGUGUUUUUUACCCUUUCUUAAAUAUGUUAUCACAGAGGCACCAACAGCAUCACGGAUGGGCUCAGCUUUGGCCAGCGGUGGGUCCGUCUUGGAGCCGGCUGGCAUUGGCCCUAUCAGAUGCAGGGAAAGCUUCUGGCAUCUUCUCACAGAAGCCACCCCUGUGGUUUCUUCUGCCCCACUACCAAAAGCCUUGCCACGUAAAUGCAAUGCAAGAAGUAACAGAGUGUUAGAAGGAAAGAUGCUUUUUCUUCUAAAUUCAUUGCAAGUGACAAGGCACUCUCUCAUUUUGGCCCGAAAUACAGGAAUUCCAAUAUUCUGACACUAGUGUUUCCGGAAAGGUUCAAUUUUAUUUCUGCACUGAAACCCAGACAGCUUUUUGAACUUUGUUUAUACUAGUAUAACAGUGAUGUUAUACCAGUACAGACCUUGUAGGCUGAUCAAUCAAAACCAUUCCUGAAUUAGAAAAUAGGAUAUGAAUUUACUUGUAGUUAUUUUUCUAUAAAACAGUGGGUUUAUCUCGGUGAUAUCCAAUAUUUGUUUAUAAGCCUUGUUCUGUAUUAAAUAAAAUCCAUCGGUAAAAUUCCUAUGGAUUUCCAUGAGUGGUCCACUGAAUCCAAGUAUGUUAAUUGAAAACUGAAUCUAUUGCUGCAACAUAAAUUGGGCAACUAUUUCAGAUUACUUAAGUUGCGAGCUUUUGGGUUAGGGGCUAUCUUUGUUGUAUAUUGCGUGCCGCUUAGCACGGUGGUAUCAGAGAAUAAAACUUCCAUAUAAUAUAUUGCAGUACUAAUACAUUUAAUAUUUUUUUUUGUGGGGGGUGGGGGUGGUGAGGGGAGGAAGGACUUCUGAAAGCUCCUGAUGUUCAGAUGAGGAUUAAUGUUUGCAUGUGUUGAUAUAGCAGUUUAACUAUUCAGUUUCAAUUGAUACUGAGUGUGCUAAGAGCUUGUGCUGAGAACACUACCCAGGCAGGAGUAAUGCCUGAACUCAGCAUUGUUUUCUCCUUGGAAACGUGCUGCCUGAAGUGGAGAAGGCUGAGGUGAGAGUCUGUAGUCUUAAUUCACUCGCAGAGGGGAAUGCAUCUGCCAGGUGGUGGGACCUUAAAAUCCACCAUUUAGUAGUGUCAAACAAUUUUACUCCUUUUAGAUCUGUACUAGCACUAAGCAUGAUGCUAUGCCGUGAACAUAUAUCAGACUGAGUUGGAACGGGCUGGCACUAAGCAGGUGUCUCUGUGCUAUGCUCUCAUUUAUGAUGUGUGUGUGGCCAAUGCGGGACACAGUGCAUAAGCAUAUCUUUUGGUGCCGAGCUGAGACAGCAAAAGAGACCAGUCUCUGACCACUGGGAAGAAUGAUAAAAAAAUAUUUCUUAGGCCCCAGAGUGCCAGCUACCUGAUUAGGAUGACAGCAGGAACAGGAAUAGAUGACAUUAGUGUCACAGGGCUAUAGCCUGGUUUGGAAGCUGAUGCAAAACCUGUGGGAGCUAAUGGGCUUUCAUUGGCUUCAAGGCCUUUCACGAUGGAUGCAAAAAUGGUUGUGUCUGCUGUGUAGUCAUGCAAAUCAUGCCAAGUGGUUGGGAUGAACCUUGGAUACAAACUUAAGUGUCAGUUUUAAGGAGUGGUGUAUGUGUCUGAAAAUAUGCUUUGUAAUGCUAGGAAAUGAUUAAAGGGACUGGAGCAUCUCUCCUAUGAGGAAAGGCUGAGAGCUGGGACUGUUUAGCUUAGCGAAGAGAAGGCUCAGGGGGGAAUCUCAUCAAUGUAUAUAAACACCUGAAGGGAGGGUGCAAAGAGGAUGGAGCCAGGCUGUUUUCAGUGGUGCCCAGUGACAGGACGAGGGGCAAUGGGCACAAACAGAAACACAAGAGGUUCUGUCUGAGCAUCAGGAAACACUUUUUUUUUUUUUUUUUUUUUUCUUACUGUGAAGGUGACUGAGCACUGGAACAGGUUGCCCAGGGAGGUUGUAGAGUCUCCCUCCUUGGAGAUAUUCAAAAGCCAUCUGUACAUGGUCCUGGGCAACCGGCUCUAGGUGGCCCUGCUUUGUUGGGAGAAGGGUUCGCCGGAGUCGAGAAGACGCUCAAUAUGAGUUAUGCAUCUUGCUCAACUUUAUUAGUUUCUAACACUACUUAUAUAGAAUCGAUACACAUGCAUAUUUGUAAAGCAGAAAUAUGAUUGGUUAUUAGUCUCUAAGCGUGCGCGGUUCUCACACCCCUAAUUAUCAUGACUAAAAUAAGCAUCCUAUCCAUGUAGAUAAUUGUGUUGCUAUGAUUCAGCCUUGUAGUUUGUUACUCCCUAUAUUCCCAUACCGCUCCCUAUCUUGGCCCUGCACCUGCUUUCCCAGCAGCUGUAACUUGUUACAGCCACUGCCUGUUGGCACAACAUAAUUACUUGGUCUCAGGAUUCAAGAAUAGCUCAAGGCUACCUUUCUUGUUAACUUCAGCACAGCAACUUCAGUACAAUUCUGAUUACAGGCCUAUUCUAAUACCAGGCCUGGAUUGUGCAGAUCUUCAGAGAUUCUAAGGCCAUGCUUCUGCAGCCAUUCUUCUACACUGCUUGAGCAGGGAGGUUGGACCAGAUGACCACCAGAGGUCCCUUCUAACCUCAACCAUUCUGUGAUUCUGUGGCAUGGCAGAGAAACAUCUGCAGCCACUGUUACUGAUGCGUAUUGGGUUUAUGUGGCAAGGGUGGGGGGGCUGCAGGGGUGGCUUCUGUGAGAAGAUGCCAGAAGCUGCCCCCAUGUUGGACAGAGCCAGUUCCAGCCAGCUCUAAGAUGGACCUGCUGCUGGCCAAGGCUGAGCCAAUUGGCAAUGUUGGUAGCGCCUCUGUGAUAACAUAUUUAAGAAAGGGUAAAAAACCACUGCACAACAGCAGCUGAGAGAGAGGAGUGAGAAUACGUGAGAGAAACAACCCUGCAGACACCAAGGUCAGUGUCAGGAGGAGGAGGUAGAAGAGUUAGGAGUGAA